AUGUUUAAAAUAAUACUAUCUAUCUAUCUAUCUAUCUAUCUAUCUAUCUAUCUAUUUAUCUAUCUAUCUAUCUCAUCCAUAUCUGUCAUCUAUCUUAUCCAUAUCUAUCAUCUAUCUAUCUAUCUAUUAUCAUCUAUCUAUCUAUCUAUCAGGCCAUAUCUUAUCAAUCUAUCCCCAGGCCAUUAUCUAUCUAUCUAUCCUAUCUAUCUAUCCUAUCUAUCUAUCUAUCCUAUCAUCUAUCUAUCUAUCUAUCUAUCCCAGAUAUCUAUCCCAGACCAUAUCUGCCCCAAGCCAUUAUCUAUCUAUCUAUCUAUCUAUCUAUCUAUCUAUCUAUCUAUCUAUCUAUCUAUCUAUCUAUCUAUCUAUCUCAGGCCAUAUCUGUCCCAAGUGAUUCAUAUCUACCCAGGCCAUUAUCUAUCUAUCUAUCUAUCUAUCUAUCUAUCUAUCUAUCUAUCUAUCUAUCUAUCUAUCUAUCUAUCUAUCUAUCCCAGACCAUAUCUGCCCCAAGUGAUUCAUAUCUCUACCCAGGCCAUUAUCUAUCUAUCUAUCUAUCUAUCUAUCAUCUAUCUAUCUAUCUAUCUAUCUAUCUAUCUAUCUCAGGUCAUAUCUGUCCCAAGUGAUUCAUAUCUACCCAGGCCAUUAUCUAUUCUAUCUAUCUAUCUAUCUAUCUAUCUAUCUAUCUAUCUAUCUAUCUAUCUAUCUAUCUAUCUCAGGCCAUAUCUGUCCCAAUUCUUUUCUUUUCUGCUGUUCUUUCCUUCUUUCACUUGUUAUUUUUCAUUAUUUAUUUAUUUUUUCGGCCUCUUUCUUUCUUUUUCUUUCUGUCGUGUUUUCCUUUCUUUCUUUCUUUCUUUCUAUUUUUUCAUCCUUUUACUUUCUUGCACCCUUUUUCUUUCUUUCUUUCUUUAUAGCUUGCUUACUUUUUUGUUCCUUCUUUUUUUUCAUUCUUUCUUUCUUUUGUUUCUUCUUUUUUUUCAUUCUUUCUUUCUUUUGUUUCUUCUUUUUUUUCAUUCUUUCUUUCUUUUGUUUCUUCUUCCUCCAUUCUUUUCUCUCAUUCUUUUUCUUUCUGCCACUCUUUCCUUCUUUCAUUUAUUCUGUUCCUUUAUUUAUUCAUUUUGUUCCAUUUUUCUUUCCUUCUUUUUCUUUCUUUCUUCUGCUUUCUUUCGUUCUUUUUCUUUUUCGUUCCUUUUUUCAUUCUUUCUUCUUCUCUUUUUCUUUCUUUUUUUCUUUAUAUAUAUCAAACUCACCUACCAACACGCAGAUUUCAUUCAUAGCUCUCUCUCUCUUUCUAUCUAUCUAUCUAUCUAUCUAUCUAUCUAUCUAUCUGUCUGUCUGUCUGUCUAUCUAUUUUUCAUAUCUAUGUAUCUAUCUAUCGAAGUAUGCAUAUCUAUCUAUCUAUCUAUCUAUCUAUCUAUCUAUCUAUCUAUCUAUCUAUCUAUCUAUCUAUCUAUCAAACUAUCUAUCUAUCUAUCAAAGUAUGACUAUCUAUCUAUCAAUUCAUCUAUUAAUUACAUCUAUCUAUCUAUCUAUCUAUCUAUCUAUCUAUCUAUCUAUCUAUCUCAGUCCGUUUCUUUCUUUCUUUCUUUCUUUCUCAGUCCGUUUCUAUCUAUCUAUCUAUCUAUCUAUCUAUCUAUCUAUCUCAGUCCUAUCUAUCUAUCUAUCUCAGUCCUUUCUUUUCUUUCUUCAGUCCGUUUUCUUUCAUUUCUCAUCUAUCUAUCAUCUAUCUAUCUAUCUAUCUAUCUAUCUUGGCCUGUUUAUCUACCUAUAUAUCGUGACAUGUUUAUCUAUCUAUCUAUCUAUCUUGGCCUGUUUAUCUACCUAUAUAUCGUGACAUGUUUAUGUAUCUAUCUAUUUAUUUAUCUAUCUGUCUUGGCCUGUUUAUGUAUCUAUUUAUCUGUAUGUCUUGGCCUAUCUAUCUAUCUAUCUAUCUAUCUAUCUAUCUAUCUAUCCCCAUGA